GGCCUGAUUAUCCUGAUAUUGAUUUCAACCCGCCACCAAUGGAACAACAUAUGCCUCAGGCCUACUACUAUACGCAGGAUGGGCAAUACUUAAUCACGCAGCAGGAUUGGGUCUCGCCAUCAGCGACAGGGUACAGAGGCGAGCUCCAGCAGGCGCAACAGUCGAAGUUUACAACGGAAUAUUUACCGCUCGUCACGGUUGAGCAGCAAUUUGACGAUCAGAAGAAAUGCAGCAAGACUGAAACUGCACAGGCUCUCAAACCGUUCAUAAGGACCAAAGUAAGCUAUGAAACGAUCAUCGCCGACAUCCUGUGUAUUGGAAUACCAUGUACGCUUCUUGUAUUCGUAAUCCUACUAAGCUCCAAAUCCGGGAAAGAAGCCACACUGAGCGACAUUGCAAAAUGGUAUAGUGCAGCGUCAAUGUUGUCUACUCUGUUUCCCAUCUUAUUUGCGGCUAUCACAGGCCGUUUCAUGACACAGUUUGCCCGGUGGAAACUGGAAGAAGGAGCGUCCAUCGGAAGCCUUGAACAGCUGCUGGGAAGUCGAACCGUUGGUGGUGCAGUCCUCACGCAGUACCACUUGAGAGCAUUCAAUUUUCUUGGCUUCGGUAUCCUCAUCCUCUGGGCCAUCUCUCCAGUAGGAUCGCAGGCCAUUCUUCGACUAGUUGAACCGAAAAUUGCAACAUUUGCGACGGCCUGGAAAGUGGCGUAUUUUGAUCAUCUCCAUAAUGCCAUGGAAGCCUCACGGUCAAGGCGAGGAGGGCAUAUAGAGGCUAUGGACAACGGAACGAUCAGCUUGAUAAACACUCUCUAUGGUGCUAUGGUGCUGGCACCCUCUAGCACGAAGAAUAGUGGUAUGGACCUAUGGGGUAAUGUCAAAAUUCCCAGACUCUCCCCCGACAAUUCCGACGAGUGGCAAGAUAUCACUGCAGAAUCACCAGUUGUCUAUUCUUCACUCCUGGGUAUUCCUAUCUCGAAUACAUCAACUGGAAAUACGACGUUCAAUGUUGAGUCGAGCUAUAUUGACCUUGAAUGCGAUAGGAUGGGAAUUUGGGCGAAGAACCUAAGCGGAUUGGAGCCCAUGCCUCUUCCUAGUAACACAAGUCGGGGCUAUCUCAAUUUUACCUACCUGGACUCCAUAUAUGCUCCCCAUAAGAAAAGAAUUCCUCAGAUAUCAAAUGGGUCUUUUCAAGGCUACGAUGUUAAUCGGGGUGCUGGUGAUCGCCAAACAUCCUGGAGCAUAGGCCUUGAUCGCUUCAUUAGCCCAAACUGGACCAAAUGGGAUAACAGCGCGGACACUCCAGUUCAUUUCGAAAACCAAACUGACAUUGAUGUCGGCCCAACGAGGCUGAUGUUCCAGGCAUAUGUGAGAACGACCAUUCGACAAACUGUCGAACAUAUUGGCAGCUAUUGUAGCGUGAAGCAGCGAUACGUGGAAUCGAAAAUCAUUUGUCAAAAAGCCGAGCCGUCUGCCAGACGAAACUGCACUGCGAUAUCGCAGCGACGGUCUCAGAAAUAUAGGCUCGAUGAAAACUUGAGCAUCCUGAAUUGGCCAUACUCCUUUCUCUUUCUCAGUGUUCACUGGCCCUUAUCGACGGGGCCGAAGUUGAAUUUCGCAGUUGAAACGAUGAGCAGCCAGGACGCGGUGUUGCAGUAUUUAUUCGACCCGUCCAUGGAGAACUUGAGCAAGACUUUCACGGCUGACACCGCACAGCUUGCACUACCAAACAUAUCUGCGACAGAUUUCGGGAUUCGCCUCAGCCAAGCUCUGAAUACGUACGUACAGCUUCGCCCAAUGCGAUUCAUGGCACUUAACGUCCAGAAUAUCGAUGGCGGCUUCGAAGCAAGCGAUGCCGCCACGGCUACCAGCAAUGGCGAGCUCGUUGUAGAAAAAAUAGUCUUUGGCAUAUCACGAGUUUGGUCUGCAUUCUCAAUGAUAGCCUCUAUAAUUUUGUUGGCUGGAGGUAUAGCUAGUUCUGUAUUCGCACACCUCGCUGUUGGACCAGAGAUUCUUGGCUAUACGACUUCCUUGAUGCGGAAAACCACCCUGGAACUGCCCAAAGAAAAGGAAGGCUUGGAGGGCACAGAUUUAGGAUUCGAACUACGGAAGACUCGUGUACGGUACGGCUUUUCGACCUUGGAAGGGGCUGUUGCGGUGGUGGGAGAUCAGGAAAGCGUUACUAAGAUCAAGGAUGUACUUAGG